CUUUCGGUGUUUAUUGCUUCUAACAAUAUUUUAAAUGUAUUUAUUUUCGGUAGUAUAAUUAAACUUUCUAGUCCGUUUGUUACGAAAUUAUGUGUAAUCGUUCAUAUGUGAUAUUUAAAUUAAAAUCAUCUGUCAUGGUGAUCAGACUCUCUUCGAAACGAAAACAUUUCUGAAACAACGGUUGUGAUACAAUAUCAAAGGUAUUCGUAUAUAAUUAUAUUAAAAAAUAUGUUAGAAGCAUAAAUGUACGACAGGUGUGAUGUUCGAUCGAUGGAGUUCAAUCGAGUGUUUAAUUGAUAAGAUAAUAUUUGAUAAUAACUAGUAAGAGGAACGUCGAUCGGUAUUCUCUUCCACGAUGUCAACAUCGUAUGACAGCAGCAUGCCCCAGUGGAAACGGGAGCUACUUCAGCGUCGCAAAUGUCAUCUGACCGCCAAGACUUCUUUUCCACCGAACAACGGUAUAUCCUCUGCUGCCUCUGUUCCAAACAACGGUCUCUCCAUCUCCGCUCCACUUGGAGGGGACGCAGUGUCAAUAACUCCCCGGAGUCGUCAGUCUGCCGCGGACUUUAGUAGUGUGAACAUGGUUGAAGAGCGUCUCUGCGGGGCUUCGCCCGCGGACGCCGACUCGGACUCCUCCGAGGAGCUCCAAUACGGCCCGGGAAUAGUGAACAAAUUGAAGUGCAAAUAUUUGAGUCUCGCCUUGCGGGAAUCCCGCAAAGCUAGGCCCACAGUGUUACCCCUGCGGCGUGCCACGAGUCUCGAUGAUCUAUUAGACGACAAUGUCGAUCAGGAGCAUGUUAAAGUUAAUGUGUACGAGAAACCGAGGACGAACAGGGCGCUGGGGCGCGGAAAUGAGAGCUUGAAACGUGCGAGGUCGGUGGAGACUCUGCUGCGAUGUGAUAGAAAACAGCAGCCUCAGGUCAGCGAAGUGGGCAGCCGUGAAUCUUUUAACGAAGACGUUGUGAUAGACGAACGUCCAGUGCCUGCACCUAGAACUACUAGUAGUAAUUUAUGCGGGGUUAAUCAGAACAAUAGCAACAAACCCCGUAGAGUUGCGCCUCUUUUAGCGGAUGAAGAAAGGCCGCCCCCGGACACGGUGCGGAGCGCUUUGCGGAUCUUCGAGAGCAGCGUGAGGCGUGCUCGCCCCCUGAAACCGGUCGGCGACGUGGCUGUUAAAGUAGCUAACUAUAAAAAUAUCAUAUCGAAUGCUAAAAAGCCUGCCGUUUUACCCAAACCAGCCCCGGUGGUCGUGAGUGUUGAAAACAUAGCUACUGUAAAGCCUAGUACAAAACCACCGGUUAAAAUACAACCACCUACGCCUGUGGUUUAUGGAUUAGGUAGUAACAUGGGGUUGAAACCACCGAGUUCGCCUAAAAAUAACAAGUUAAUACGCACACCACCUGUGUCACCUAAAAAACAACCUAUGAAAAACAUAAUUCUAGACACGAGGGAAAACGACAGAGCUACGAGUCCUAGAAACUUGAACUCAUCCCCUAUUCUGUUACGCACUCCUUCACCAACAUCUCCAAUUCUGCUAUCCCCAACCGCAGACGUGGUACCCCAAAGCCCUCAGUCGCCCUUACUACAACAACCUUCUUUUCCUCUUACGAACGGAAGUGCCGUUAACGGUUCGCCUACGAGACAGGUCGGGGUGAUCCGGCCCAUGGAGCCCCCCGAGAACGAUAGGCAGAAGGCCUUGGAGCACGAGAAGAAUCUUAAGAAUGCUAGAGAGAGCAACGAACUUAACAAUCACACGCAGAACAACAGUUGGGGUAGUAAUAAAAAGUCGUGGCACCAGCAGUCGGAGAAUACGAUGGUGUUUAAUUUCAGAAAUCGAAAAGAUGUUCCGGAUUAUAUCGAGAACGACGGACUGGUGAUGAAGACGAGGCGGGACAAACCAAAGAUAACCAACGAUCCCGGCUUCAUCCUCCUCGAAGGUGUUUCUCCGAAUUCCUCCUCCGACUGGGACAACGAGGACGAUUCUCCGGAAGAUUCCAACGACGACGGCUAUGAUGUCGUCGGUCGUAUGUCACCUACGCCGCCUGUUGCUGGCAGCAGGCGGAGCCAUCAGCCGCAGCAGAAACAAACAGAUCCUGGCUGCGAUAUUGUGUUCGAAGGCGCUUAUGUUAUCAUCAAUGGGAGGAGUAGUCUGUCCAAUGGGGGAAAACAUUCGAAUCGAAGCAAGUUGCACAUUCAAUUCGACGACGAUAAGUACUUACGAAUAUCCUUCGGAAGCUUCACUGUUAGAAGACACAGAAGUCUCUUCUCCAGUCAGCAAUUCCUCUCCAGGACUCAUUGGAAGCGUCAACCUAGCCAGCUACACCCCCGUAAAAUCCGGCCUACACACAUCAGGCAGUACCUUCGAGCUAGGCGUCACCAGAACCUCUCCAACGGUCACCGACGGCGGCGGAGGAGGCCCAAAGGCGACUCGGCCUCGAUCAACUCUCCCAAUUCGCCCACUUCGACAGCCACAGUCCUUUCCAUCGAAGGCGCCGAAGAAAUGGGCGAAGGCUGCUUGAGACCUGCUUCGGAUGACCAGACUGUUGCAUGGAGCCAGGAGCAAGACGCCACGGAUUUGUUGUUCUGAGGGUAAUAGAACCUGUCGAGGAGGUUUAUAAUGUAUUUGUAUGUAUAUUCCAUAGAUGGUAAUGUGAUGUAUUUUAAGGCGAUGAGAAGCGGAUAAAAGACAUUUGAAUAAUAUCAAUAUAAAGAAUAUUGUUAGGAUAAUGAUGUAUUUACACUUGAAGAAGGAAAAUGGAUAUCUAGUUGGCCAAUUUGGAUUCGGCAAUUAGAGAAAGAUGUUCAGGUAUUUAAAAUUGUAGGAAUGCUUAAUGAAAAUGUACUGAGUAUAAUAUUAUUACUAUGCGAUAUAAAGAAGAUAAGAUAUUGAAAAUUGAUUUCACUAAUUUCACUGAACUGAUAUAAAUGAGGUCAAAAAAUACAUUAUUAUACAGGGCGCCAAUUCUGCGAUAAAAUAAAAU